UAACAUUGGUGUAAGAGUAGAUAUAUAUGACACUGUUGUGUUGACGUUCAUUUCAGAUCCGCUUCCCAUAUUAAGAUUUUUCAUUCUCCAUGCCAUUUUCAUUGCUUCAAUAAUAAAUCCCAGAAAUAUAAAAAUAAUAAAUAUAAAUUAACCACCAACGAAAAAAACCAGUGUAGCUUGGAGGAAGAGCUGCAGCACUACCAUACCCUUUUAGUGCUCUCUCUGCAAUUUUCCUCUUUUUCCAUCAACGGUGUUGAGAAAGUUUCUGUGGUUGAUUUGAAUCAGUGAGAUUGUUACCUGGGUGUUGUAGUGGUGGGCGAAAUUUUCGGGUACAUGUUCAGUUUGGAUCUAGUGGUUCGGAGAUUACUAUCUAGGACGGCAAAGUUUUUGUCUCUCUGCUUGUUGGUGAUACCUCGUUCUGAGUUGUAGCAGUGGGAUCUGGUAGAUUGAACCUUUCAAAUCUCAGUAUCAGUUACUCUCUCUUUGAUUGUGGCCAUGGAAACCCUUUUUGUUGUCGAGGAGCAUAAGAAUCAAUACUACAGCAGGUCCAAGCCACAAGGGCAUGCUCGAUUUGUGUCUUCACCUUCAAGGGACUUUAGGGGUAUCAACUGCAGGACCUUUGAGUCUGGAAGGGCAGGUAUAUUGCCAACUCCAUUGAAAUCUCAUGGUUCCCCUAAAACACCAUCUAACUCUGAUAGCAAAAUGCAUGGGAAAGCUACUCCUAAGAGCACCCCAAUUCCCAUCAACGGUAAAGGUUGUAGAAAAGAAACAACUUUCACUGAAGAUGUCCCUGGUGGAAGCCUUUUGCUUUCUGAGUUAUGGGCUGGACCUACCUACUCUAAUUCACCACCUCCUAGUUCCUUGCCAAUUCCCAAGUUUUCGGUCCGACCAAAGAGGACUGUGUCCCUUAAUCUUCCUGGUUCCUCCCCUGAGAUUGAAAUGCGCCAAAUGGCCAAGUCUGCACCCUCUUCCCCUGGCAGGGAGCAUUUGCCUUUUACAAGGGAUCUAUUUGUUAAUGCGGAUUCUGCUACUAAGACCCUGCGUCGCAUUCUUAAUCUUAACAUCAAUGAUGACUGAUAUACAAGGCGCGUUGGCUCCUGUAAAGAUGUCUUUUUAAUGAAAGUGGGUUAGUGUUAGUUAGUUGUACAUAGAGACCAAAUAAAGUUUGUAGUCCGAGUUGGUUUGAGUUUGUGUAGCUUUCAGUAGUGGUGGUGCCCCUUGAAAAUCUUGGCUGUGGUGGGUCAGCAAUCUCCAGAUUUUGGAAUUUGGAUCAAGCUCAGUGGUGGACAGGGUAACUGAGUGAUACUAGAGGAAUCUAUCGAAAGCAGGCUUUGCUAUAGAUCAUUGCAACUUGAUGGAAGUUUCCAUGAAAACGGUUGGGAAGUUGAAUGGUGGUAAUGGGUAGAAGUGGCAUGGAAUGGACUUGGGUUGAUUGCGCUUUAAUCUAUUGGACCUGAAGAAAGUUACAUUCAAGUUGAAUCCUGAAUAUAUUAUUAUAUGUAGUUCUCAGAAUCAUCACCUCAUAGAAUGUUUAACCUUACCUUGUUCUGACGUAGGAUUUAGGAGUAUUGCUUUACAUAUUAUGUAUAUACGGUAAAAUGCUCCCCCACCCUCCCUCUCACCUCUCUCUAGUUUCUUCUCACUACAAUCUUUAAUCGUUCUAACUUCUAUCCUGAUUUUACUUUCCUUCACGACAUGAUUUUACAGUGUGCAUCACAGUCUUUUCAGUCUGAUUCUAGAUGAUUUGCUGUUCUUUAGUUACUACAUUCCUUACUGGAAUUUGUUCUCUCAUAGUCAUCUUUGUUUCUCUCUGUCAGUUUUUUAUUUAGCUACCCUAAGUGAGGGUGUAGUUUACCCCUUCAAAAUCUUUUCUGUAUUUUUUUCAAAGAAAAGUAUGAAGGGAUUUGUAGUAGUCUUUUGUAGCAUCUGCUUCAGUUUUUUAGGAUUAAUCCAUGUCACUCCACCUACUAGUCAACCCCUGAUAUGUUUCAUUUCUGAUGCCAAGUAAUGCUUAUUUCCUUAGUCUCCUAGACCUAGUCAUCUCCUGGCUUAUCCUCCAUUUCCAUGGAGAGUGUUGACCAUGCUAUGCCAAAUUUUAAGGGUGGCAAAACUUUACGAAGGUUGUUUCAGUCGUGACUUGUGAGAUGUGGUCAUUUGCAAGUCAGUUUCUCUCUGUAGAUUGUAACGUCUCUUGUGGCUCGUAAAUUUGUCUGUAUUUCUUUCUUUCUGCCUCAGUAACUUGUGUAACUUGUUUGAUCUGCUGAAAUAAAAUGUUAGUGACUUUUAUGUGUUCACCAUUUUGUAUCAAAAUUAAAUACUUAUGCUCUUUAUUGAUUAUAUAGCAUUACUUUGAAAG